CGUCCGCCUUUUCAGUUUUAUAUGAUGAAUCAUAUGGAGGAUUGUGUACCCGUCAUUUAGCCUACCUAACAGAUCCAAUUCAAGCAACAUAAAUUUACUGUAUAAGCCUAGUCAAAGCCCCACCCCCCUGUCUUCUGUACCACACGCUUAUGCCAGGGAUGCAUCGGCGAAAUGCAGACAAGACCAGAGCAGCCUCAGACAGGGAGAAGAAGAAAUGUCUUAAAAAGAUAAUUUCUGUUGGGUCAAAAUAGACUCAAGCACUUUUAUGGAUAUGAGUACACCAUUUCAUACAGUCAUCAUGGGGCUACGUGACUUUUUAAAGGAGUGCUUCAGUGGUUUCUGGGACUAUGAAACCCCCAAAGUGAUGGUGGUGAAAAACAGAACUCUUGGAGUCAUUUACAGGGCGGUCCAGUUUCUUGUAAUCACCUAUUUUAUCUGGUAUGUUUUUAUCAGUCAGAAGGCAUACCAAGACACUGAAACUCAUCCAGAUAGCUCUAUUUACACUCUCAUGAAAGGCACAGCGAUUCACGGAGAUGACAUACUGGACACGGUGGAGUACGCCAGUCCAUCAGAAGGAGGUGAUGUGAUUAGUACAUUGCUCAGAAGAGAAUUCACAUAUGACCAGAAGCAAGGCACCUGUGCAGAGUAUUACAAUGUUCAAAAUGCCAACUGUACGAAGGACACAGAUUGCAUCGAAGGGGAGGUUGACUUUGACGGCCAUGGCAGGAGGACCGGAAAAUGUGUUCAGUAUUACAACCAGACCUUUAAAACCUGUGAGAUCCAAAGCUGGUGUCCCAUUGAAGAGCACGCUGUUGUACGAGAACCGCCAUUAGUGGAGGCCAUCAAUUUUACAGUGUUCAUCAGGAACUACAUCCACUUCCCCAAAUUUAAAGUGUUGAGGGGAAAUAUUGAGGACUCUUUAGACAGACGCCGCAGCAAGAAAUACUUAAAUAAGUGUCAUUACAAUGAGGAGACAGAUCCGUACUGUCCAAACUUCCGUCUGGGAUAUAUUGCAAGUCAUGCAAGGGAGACUUUCAGUGAGCUCUGCAGGACUGGAGGAGUGAUUGGGGUUUUUAUCAACUGGGACUGUAACUUAGAUUUGGAUCCUUCAUACUGCAAACCCACAUAUUCAUUCCGCCGUCUUGAUGUUAGAAAAGAUGAUGACAAUUCAGGGUACUACUACAGGUUUGCAAAAUAUUACAGCAAAAAUGGGAUGGAGUCUCGGACUCUCAUCAAGGCCUACGGUAUCCGUCUGGAUAUAAUAGUUCAUGGACAUGCUGGAAAGUUUAGCCCCAUUCCAACCAUCAUCAGUUCAGUCACGGCCAUGACCUCAGUUGGGAUUUGUACGAUCAUCUGUGAUUGGAUCAUGUUGACAUUUAUUGACAAGAAUGAAGUGUACAGUGAGAGAAAAUUUGAUGAAGUGAUCAAGGAGCCCGAAGAUCUCAUCCCCACAGAUCUUGCUCACACAGAGCUCAGCUACAUGGGCAGCUUUGGCUCAAACCACUCCGACCUGUCAGACGGCGUUCCCCUUUGAUGCAUCCCAGGUUGCUUCGAUCCUCACUGGGAAGACUGACAGUGAUAGAUCACAGAACUCUGUCAUAUUUGGGGGGGAAAUAAAUUGUUAAAUAUUUACUUUUAUCUAUGUACUGCCUAUAAAAUAAGAAUACUAACAGCACACAAAUAAAUAUGUAUACUCUUGGCUUCAUGACAGAAAAACUGGUUGUCAAAUCUCACAAACUAUGAGCAUGCGUCCCAAAUGUUCAACCUAAUAAUAAAUCACUUAAUUGUU